CUGGUGACAGUGGAGGGGAUAGGGAUGAUGGAAGCUGGUAGUCCACCACCGAGGAAAAUAUGACAACGGUGCGCAUUUUAGGGAUUGAUUGGGAUAAAACGGAUAGAAAUGGUGGAAAGUUGGAGGCGGGGAGAAGGGAGGUCAGGCCGCCGAUUCGCACAGAAGGUAGCGCGACGUGUAGGUUAUGCCUUGGCGCCGGGGCCUGUUCAACGUCGAUAUUUGCCGAGGGAGAAAUUUCGGAAGGUUUGCGUUCUCGCAUUCUGGAUCGUUGCCCCAUCACGCUGUUGAACGAUGACAGACUACCGAAGGCGAUUUGCCGCGAAUGCGAAAGGAAGCUAGCGGCUACGCACGAGUUUCGCGAACAGUGCAGGAAAUCGGAACGCACCUUACGACUACGCUACGGAACUACUGUUGCGAAUGCAGCAGCAGAUUGGAAAACACGGACUGCUUUAGAAUUGCGAUAUUGCAGUGUGCAGAAGUUGAAACGGAUAACUGGACGGGUGAAGAAAGGAAGAAGGGGGGGGGGGGAUUGGGUGGAAGAUCGAAAAGUGGCCGAUGACCGAGUGGCAAGUGGAAAAUCGUCGAGAAUUGGUCGAAAAGACAAGUGUGUUUAUGAAUCGUCAUUGUCAAGGCCGUUGUCGUCGGUACACCAGCCGGUAAAGGAGAGGAACGAGUUGGAGCGAGAGUCUGUCGUUAGCGAAGAGGGCAGCAUCAGCAUCGGCAGAAGUUGCGCGGAAGAAACGAAAGCGGGAAACGGUGAGACAGAAGUACGACGGCGGUAUUACCUGUGCGACGUGUGCAGCAAAACGUUCGCCUCCAAGUCUGGACUAAGAUUGCACUUGAAGUCCCACAACGGUGUGAAACCUCAUCUCUGUCUGUACUGUGGCAAAGGAUUCGUGAUUCCAAGUUACGCAAAGAGACACGAGAGAAUUCACACGGCGGACAAACGGUUCAUUUGCCAGUUUUGUAGCGCAGCAUUCACCUCGGCUAAUGGUCUAAAGUAUCACUUGAGAUUGCAUACCGGCGAGGCCAAUUAUCGUUGCGAGGUUUGCGGCAAGUCGUUUUAUCGGUACAAAUACCUGAAGGAGCACGCGUUCACUCACACAGGGGAGAAGGCGUACGUUUGCAAGAGGUGCGGCUCCUCCUAUGGAAAUUCUGGCAGCUUGUUCGUUCACGAAAAAGGAUGCAAGGCUAAGAGACGAGAGUAACAUGUCUACUUACUUAAUACA